AUGUCCAGAACGAUCAACUACGACACAUUCAUAGACCCGGAAUCAGCCAGAUCAUCGUUAUCUUUCGAGUCGAACGGCUCCAACAGCUCCAACAUCUUCUCCAAUCAGGGAGAAUAUGAUCUCUCUGUAAACAACCUAAACAGUGUUCUAUCUUACGCCAGCGAUAUGGACAACCACACUUUGAGCGACAAGGAUACUAUAGCAACGGGCUCGACAGUCACUGGAACAACAAACAACAACAACAACAACUCUGCGCAGGCGGGCUUUGUCAACCCGUUCGAGAUAAACUCCUCCAUAUGGACUUCCGCGCCGCAGCCACAACCUCAGGGACCGCAGGAUCUGCUCUCGCCCUCGUCUCACGCGCCAGAGUUCCCACGGGAUCCAAUAGUCUCGCCGCUUUCGCCGUACGCCACUCUAUUGAGCCCCCCUUCGGGAUCCUCAUUUUCGGGACAGCCUCCGUCUCAGGCAGAGUUCGGCUCGAGACGAACCUCAUAUGUUGGAGAGUUUACCACGCAUAGCAGACCAUCGACAGGCAGCAUCUGGAACUCCAGAGACGACAACAGAAGCUCGAUCGGGUCUGCAGGUAGCCCGCUGCUCAGUUUCGCUAAUUUGAGCUCUCCUCCGCAACUGCCCACCGCAUGGCAGUCGCCGCCGGCAUCAGACUUUGCUGCUCUCAGACGGUACUCGUACGAUGCUGCGCUAGGAGCAGCCGCGCAGUCCGGUUCGUCCGGCAGCACGCAGCCCUUACUGCCAGCGCUCCAGCAGAAAAGACAAUCAGUUUCUUCAACGUUUGGGCAUGCCCCAGGCUUGGACUUUAUGAAAUCACUCGAGCAAAAGGCAAAAGCGUCACCGCAACAAUCAACGCAAUUUCCAGGGGUACUAAAUUUUCAGGACCAAUACUCACAAGCAUACAAAGAAGCAGACUUGUAUUUUACGUCUCCGUCGCCCGAGUCGCUCAACUUGUCGAAGGUGCUGGAGAACCUCAACACGCAGCAACUGCCGAAGUUUCCAGGAGGAGGCCUGCCCGGUGUGAAGCUUGUUCUUGUUUGUUUCAAGAGCGGCAGACUGGACGUGUUCUUCCUUCCGCCGGAGAACCAAAAACUACUGCAGAACAUGAAGGUUGGCGAGCUGGUGAUUGUGGAGGCCGAUAGAGGGCGGGACUUGGGAAAAGUUGUCAAGCUGGACGUGUCGAUCGACGAGGCGCGUUUGUUGAAGCUGAAACAGUUUCAGGAGCAGCAGGCGGCUCUUAACCAGGAGAACAACGACAAGCACCCCGUGCUGCAUUUCCCAAAGCCGAUAGUGCGCUUUGCGUACCCGAACGAGGUGGCGCAGCUGCUGUUGAAAAAGAGCGACGAGGAGAAGUCGCGCAACGUGUGCCAGCUGAAGGUGAAAUCGCACGGGCUGGUGAUGCAGGUCACGGACGCCGAGUACCAAUGGGAUCGUCGCAAGCUGACGUUUUACUACCACUCCAACGCACGGAUCGAUUUCAGAGAUUUGGUCAAGGAAUUAUUCAGGAUAUACAAGACACGGAUAUGGAUGUGCAAGCAGCAAAAAAGAGAGAUUUAG